AUGAAUGGCACAAAUGGAACGGUGCGGGCGAAGCGAAAGCAGCACCCAAGCUCCGUGACCGAACGACCCCAGAAGCAGCAUCGGGCAAUCAAUGGGAAGGAGUCCGCGGGACAGAACACACCGGAGAUUGGCACAAUGUACGCGGAUGAGGAGAUCGAGAUCGAGGAUACGAGGAUACUUCCCGGCAUGGCAGAUACAGCAGAAUGGCAGGCCUGCAUCGAGAACGUGGUUCGAAAUGUCGUCUCCAUCCGGUUCUGCCAGACCUGCUCCUUUGAUACAGACCCUGCAUUGACGAGUGAGGCUACAGGCUUUGUGGUGGAUGCAGAAAGAGGAUAUAUCAUGACAAAUCGACAUGUGGUUGGAGCUGGACCUUUCUGGGGAUACUGCAUAUUCGACAACCACGAAGAAGUUGAUGCCUACCCCGUCUACCGCGACCCUGUCCACGACUUCGGUAUCCUUCGGUUCGACCCCAAAGCUAUCAAAUACAUGCCUGUGGCUGCUCUCCCUUUGAGACCAGAUCUUGCAAAGGUGGGAGCAGAGAUUCGGGUGGUGGGUAAUGAUGCUGGAGAGAAGCUGAGUAUUCUGUCCGGGGUCAUCAGUCGGCUGGAUCGGAAUGCGCCAGAAUAUGGAGACGGCUACUGUGAUUUCAACACGAACUACAUACAAGCUGCUGCAGCUGCGAGCGGUGGAAGUUCUGGAAGUCCAGUAGUCAACAUCGAUGGAUAUGCAGUGGCUCUACAAGCUGGCGGAAGAAGUGAUGGAGCCGCAACUGAUUAUUUCCUCCCUCUCGAUCGACCGCUACGUGCUCUCCGAUGUAUACAAGAAGGGAAACCCAUCACGCGAGGAACAAUACAAUGUCAGUGGAUGAUCAAGCCCUUUGAUGAAUGUCGGAGGCUCGGUCUCGCUCCCGAAUGGGAGAGCGCUGUACGGAAAGGCUUCCCCAAGGAGACUGGUAUGCUGGUGGCGGAGAUUGUCUUGCCAGAAGGUCCUUCGGACAACAAGAUUGAGGAAGGAGAUGUUCUGGUCAGGGUCAAUGGCGAAUUGCUCACCCAAUUCGUCAGACUUGAUGACAUUCUCGAUUCCAGCGUCGGUGACAAGGUCAAGCUCAUGCUGCAGCGUGGUGGGGAAGAUAUCGAGGUCGAAGUUGAGGUGGGCGAUCUGCACAAGAUUACCCCUGAUCGCUUCGUCUCAGUUGCAGGGGCUAGCUUCCACAACCUCUCAUACCAACAAGCAAGACUAUACGCAGUAGCAUGCAAAGGCGUGUUCGUUUGUGAGGCAACUGGAUCUUUCAGAUUUGAGAGUACUGAUAACGGAUGGAUCAUCCAGACUGUUGAUCAUAAGAAGACGCCGGAUCUAGAUGCAUUCAUCGAGGUCAUGAAGGGAAUACCUGAUCGAUCAAGAGUCGUCGUCACAUACAAGCAUCUUCGAGAUCUACAUACCCUCAACACCAGCAUUCUACACAUUGAUCGUCACUGGUCAAGUAAGAUGCGGCUGGCUGUCAGAAAUGAUAGCACUGGCCUUUGGGAUUUCACAGAUCUUGCUGAUGCUCUCCCUGAAGUGCCUCCGGUGCCGCGAGCAGCAAGUUUCAUCCAACUCGAAAACCUCCAAUAUCCUGCGGCUGCAGAUAUUGUCCGAAGUUUUGUUCGAGUUCUAUGUCAUAUGCCAGUCAAGCUUGAUGGCUUCCCUCGCAAUCGGAAAUGGGGUAUGGGUGUCGUGAUCGACGCAGAGAAGGGUCUGGUUGUUAUUUCAAGAGCAAUCGUGCCCUAUGAUCUCUGUGAUAUCUCCAUCACCAUUGCCGACUCUAUCAUUGUUGAAGGCAAGGUUAUCUUCAUGCACCCGUUACAGAACUACGCCAUCAUCAAAUACGAUCCCUCCCUGGUUGAUGCACCAGUCCAAAGCGCUAAAUUGAGCACAACGCAUGUUACCCAGGGUGCCUCGACAUACUUUGUUGGCUUCAAUCAGAACAUGCGAAUUGUCAUUGCUCAAACCACCAUCACCGACAUAACAGCUGUGGCAAUUCCAGCCAACUCUGGAGCUCCAAGAUACAGAGCCGUUAACGUUGAUGCUAUCACCGUUGACACAAGUCUCAGCGGGCAAUGUGGAAGUGGUGUUCUGGUUGGAGAAGACGGAACCGUUCAGGCCUUAUGGUUAACAUAUCUCGGCGAACGAUCACCGGUCACCCAAAAGGACACAGAUUACCACCUCGGCCUCGCGACUCCCACCCUCCUCCCAGUAAUUCAACAGAUCCAGCGCGGCGAGAUCCCUAAGUUGCGUAUGCUAAGCGUCGAGUUCAACGCCAUCCAAAUGAGCCAAGCCCGCAUUAUGGGAGUCUCAGAAGAAUGGAUCAAGAAGGUCGCCCUGGAUAACUCCUCUCGCCACCAACUCUUCAUGAUCCGCAAACGUACCUUCGAGCGCGGAGAAGAAGGCGGCGCUCUCCUUGAAGGCGAUGUGAUCUUGACCCUGAACGGCAAGAUUAUCACCCGAGUUUCUGAGCUGGACGUGAUGUACGACCACGAAGUGCUCGACGCCGUCAUCGUGCGCGAUUGUGUAGAAAUGAGCAUCAAGCUCCCCACCGUCUCAGCUGAUGACCUGGAGACCGACCGCGCGAUCAGCUUUUGUGGCGCCAUACUGCAUAAACCACAUCAUGCUGUGCGUCAACAAAUCAGCAAGCUGCACAGUGAGGUUUAUGUUUCCGCGAGGACGAGAGGAAGUCCAGCGUACCAGUACGGUCUCGCGCCAACGAAUUUCAUCACACAUGUAAACGGCAAGCCGACCCCGGAUCUAGAGAGCUUCUUGAGUGCCGUCGUGGGCAUCCCUGAUAACACAUAUUUCCGCCUCAAAGCCAUGACCUUCGACAACGUGCCCUGGGUCAUCACGAUGAAGAAGAACGACCACUACUUCCCAACCAUGGAGUGGAUCAAGGACUCUACCGAGAAGUGCGGCUGGAGAAGGGUGACCUACGAGCAAGGGAAGCCGGUGCUGGGGGAAGGACACGAUGGCAUCAAUGUUAUUAGUGGGGAGACAUUUGAGAUGGAUGAGAAUCUGGGGGGCCUUUGA